UCAUGGCGGUAAAAAUCAACACCGAAGGUGUCAGCAAAGCUUGGAUAGUCGUUACUGAAGUGUUAUCACCGAGUAUUGGCAAUAAGAGACCAAAUGAGACUGAGUUUCAUAAUGCAGUUGACGUUAUGUCCCAAAAUGGCCUUGCCUACAUAAUUGAAGAAUGGUUUGUGGAAUGUCUACAGCAGCAUCUAAGAAGAAAUGUAGCACCGAAAUUCUGGAAUUUUUUUGAUUUGGAACAAUCAGAAAUUUUACCCGAACAGUUGGGUAAAGCAGUGAAUUACCUACAUGAGAUUACAAUGGGAUACUUACCUUGUAUAGACAGACUUAACUCCAUGUCUGUGAUUGUUGAAAACAGAAAGCCAUCUACAGUAUUCAACACAAAUAAUUUGUCAGAGGCCUACAUCCUUUUGAUUAAGUCAAUCAUAUUCUUUGUUUUGCCUGCCAAAUUUUGCACUGCAGUGGAGAUGUUUUAUUCACAAGCUUUCAAAGUGUUUCACCAUAGCACUUCUGAGGAUGAGGAGGAACAAGAUGUUAUAGAUGAGGAAGAAGAGGAAUGUAAGGGCUGUGAUAAAGAACAAGAAGAUUGUGUGUGUAAAGACAUUCUGGAUAAUUUCCAUACCAUCAACAGGCAACUUGAUGACAUUGGAAUUUUGGAGAGAGUAUCGGGUAUGGCUGUUACCUCCAUUGUACAUGAGCGGAUAAAGAAUCACAUUGAAAACACUUGUAAAGGCAAUUUUGAAACCUCAUACCUAAAAAAUCUGGAAGAGUGGUUGGAUAGUAAAGUAUUGGGGUGGCUGACCCUGGUGUACUCUGGAAACUGCAGAAACACCUACUCAGAUUGUAUUGAGGGAUUUAAAGGGAGACUUCUGCACUUUCUGUACGAGACUUUUGCUAGAACUCACAUUGAUCAGCUGUUUAACAUUAUUAUUGAGUUCCCUGAGUCUGAGCCUGCUAUUCUGGAUUUGAAGGUCUGCUUAGAGAAGACAGACCUGAGAGGGACACUGGUCUCUUCUCUUAAGACUGCGCUAGAGACUCGACUUUUACAUCCAGGUGUAAAUACAUCAGACAUUUUGACAGCAUACAUAGCUGCUAUUCGAGCACUCCGAAUAUUGGAUCCAGUCGGAGUUAUUCUUGAACUUGUCUGUGACCCAGUCAGGAAGUAUUUAAGGUCUAGGGAUGACACUGUCCGACAGAUUGUAUCAAACCUGACAGAUGAUGGCAGUAAUGAGUUACUGGAAGAACUUCAGAAAGGUCAGCCUUUGCUGGAUGAUGGCUGCAGUAGUGAUGAUGAGCUGGAGGAUUGGGAGAAUUGGAUGCCAGAUCCUGUUGAUGCUGAUCCAAGAAGCACAUCAAAGAGCCGCAGGGCAUCUGAUAUUAUCAGUAUGUUGGUCAACAUUUAUGGAAGCAAAGAACUCUUUGUGCAAGAAUAUCGAACACUGUUGGCAGAUCGAAUAUUGACCCAGUUUAACUAUGAAAUAGUGAAAGAAAUUCGUUAUCUAGAACUUCUGAAAUUAAGAUUUGGAGAAUCCCAGCUUCAUUAUUGUGAGGUCAUGUUAAAGGAUGUGGCUGAUUCUAAAAGACUUAACUCCAGGAUAAUGGAUGAGAGGAGGAAAUCUGCCGAGAGAGAGGAGAUUGAAGUGAACUCUAUGGUGCUCUCUGCUCAGUUUUGGCCUGCCUUCAGAGAAGAAAAGAUCAAGCUUCCAGAAGUCAUGCAGAAAUCACUGGAGGAAUACACCAAGAAAUUUGAGGCCCUUAAAGGAAACAGAACAUUAAAUUGGAAGCCUCAUCUAGGUUUGGUGAAUAUUGAUGUGGAACUGAAAGACCGUACACUGAAUUUCAACGUUUCCCCCGUGCAUGCUGCAAUAAUUAUUCAGUUCCAGUCACAAGAAACCUGGACUGUGGAAGAGCUGAGCAAUGUCCUCCAAAUGCCAGCCACAGCUCUGAGGAGGAAGAUUGCUUACUGGCAAACCCAGGGUCUCCUCCGAGAGGAGGUCACAGAUAAAUUUGUCCUGGUGGAGGAGCACAAAGGGAGAGCUCACGACGUGAUUGUAACAGACGAUGAUGAGGCUGAAUCUGCAAUGGCUUCUGCCCAGACACAGAGAGAGGAGGAGCUCCAGGUAUUCUGGUCCUAUAUUGUGGGUAUGUUAACAAACUUGGAGAGUCUGACAAUAGAUAGAAUCCACAGUAUCUUGAGAAUGUUUGCCAUGCAAGGACCAUCGGUUGUGGAAUGUAGCAUUCCGGAACUUAAACAUUUUCUAGACUCAAAAGUCAGAGAUCAAAAGUUGUUAUUUUCAGGAGGGGUGUAUCGGCUGCCUAAACCUGAUAUGUUAUGAAUAAAUAUUACAACCUGUA